CAACACGUUACACACACACCAGAGAAACGGUGUUUAUACCGGGAACUCACUGCGCAGAUCACAGCGAUAAAAGGAGAUCCCUGCAAGGCACUGCUGGUUUGAGUGAUUUCAGACUGAAGCUAUAAACAUUCUUAAAGUAAAUAAUAAAAGUCUGAUGGAGCGUUAUGAAUCAUUGGGCCCGGUUGGGGAGGGCAGUUACGGCACUGUGCUUAAGUGUCGUCAUCGAGACACCGGUCGCCUUGUCGCCAUCAAGAAAUUUACGGACUCUGAUGAUGACAAGAUGGUGAAGAAGAUUGCCCACAGGGAGAUCAAGCUACUCAGGCAACUGCGGCAUGACAAUCUGGUGAACCUCCUAGAGGUGUGGAAGCGCCGUCGCCGAUGGUAUCUGGUGUUUGAGUUUGUGGACCGGACGCUUUUGGAUGAUCUGGAGCAAAACCCAAGCGGACUGGAGCUGAACACAUGCCGGCAGUACCUUCACCAGAUCCUGAGGGCUGCUGCCUUCUGCCACCAGCAAAAUAUCAUCCAUCGUGACAUCAAACCAGAGAACAUCCUCAUCUCUCAGGAGGGCGUGGUCAAGUUGUGUGAUUUUGGCUUUGCCCGCACUGUGGCAUUGACCACUGAGGGUGGAGUUUACACUGACUACGUGGCCACUCGAUGGUACAGAGCCCCCGAACUGCUGGUUGGAGACAUCAAGUACAGCAAACCAGUAGAUGUGUGGGCCUUGGGAUGUGUAUUAUUAGAGAUGUUAACAGGUCAGCCUCUGUUUCCUGGAGACUCAGACCUUGACCAAAUAUAUCAGAUCAUCAGGUGCUUUGGUAACCUUACAACUCAUCACCAGGAGCUCUUCUACAGAAAUCCUGUAUUUUCUGGAGUCAGGCUGCCUGAAUGUUCUGGCAGAGUCGCUCUCCAGCAGCGCUUCCCUACAAUCACACCCACUGCCCUGGAUCUGGCACAGAGGUGUCUAGAGAUGGAUCCAGAAAGACGAGCUCAGUGCUCGGAGCUGUUAGAGCAUCCACUUUUCACACAAGAUUCCUUCCACAUCAGAUUUUUGGAGGAGCUAAAUGCUAAGAUCCAAAAGGACCACAGAGAAAACUCCACCUUUCCCAAAAUAACCAAAAACCCAAGAAAGGAUGAAGGGGAUGUGAGAAGCUGUAGAGGCAAGGACAAGAAACAACAUGAAGGCAUGAAUGAGAAAGUCAACAAGGAAAAGAUGGAGAAAACAAAAAGAAAACACCCUCUGAAGGUGUCUAAAACCACUCGACAUUCAGAACCUAUGAGCUCCACUAAGCAAUCCAAAUCAGGCAAGGUUAUCCAGGAUGCAGCUCAAUCUUCCAUGGCCAUUAAAAGUAAAGCAGGCAAAGCCACAGGUAUAGAUUCGAAGAAAGAAUCAGAGAUUCCCACGUUAACUAAAACCCUUACUCUUGAUUUGUCAGAGACCUCCAGGAUGGUGGCAUGCCUAGAGAACAAUAACAGUGCAUCAGCAAAACCUAAACAUGAGCACGUGCUAUCUCCAGAUACAAGGGAAGACCAUGAAAAUACUGCGUUGUGUGCGACUGAGAAAAGCACGCAGGACAUCUCGAGAUUGUGUAAAUUGGAAUCAAGUCAGGAGUUUGAGAAAAAAUUGGACAAAACAAACAAAAAAGUUUCCAAAUUGUUGAAACAUUCAACCACUGACCACCUAAAUUUCACUUUGUCUUCAAAACCUUCUGUGGAAUCAGCCACUGAUUGGUCCACCAUAGGCUUGCCAUUAAAAUCAAACAAAGAUCACAUUGAGAUCCAUACUACACUGUUUGUCAUCAACCAGUGUGAAACCAAUGCUGGUGUAGAGGAUCUGACCAAUCAAACAGCUGACUCCGACCAAAGAAAGACAUCCGGACAUCCAAAAGGACCAUCAUCAAAUCCCAAGCCAUCUAGGUCAAUUUCAGAAAUGAACAACUCCCUUUUGCCCACAUCAAAGAGUCAUACUUCAGAUCUUCCAACACAGUCUUCCACAGUUUUUAUGGAGGCCAGUCCCCCCCAGAGUAAUAAGGUCUUUGGCUCGUCUUCCAAGGAGCUUCCAGAACACAUUCAUCUUAGAGAAGACAAUGACAUCAAAGAGGACAUGAAAAUAUUACAUUCUUCAGGUGGAGAGUACAAGUGGAAUCUUGAAUCGUCUUGCCUACAUCAGCAGAGCAUUUCCAAACCUAAGACCUGUACGGAAACCAAAACAACUUCAAAUGAACGCACAUUUGAAACACUGAAUGUCUCGGAUAAAGAGAACCAAGAAAAUUUAGCUCUUACUGUGUCUGUUAGUGCAACAGCCAAUUUAUCAGUAGCUCAAACCACCAAUACCUCUGGAAGUUCAGCUAAAGAGAAACAGAACAACACCAGUGCCUUUGAAUCUGAUGUAAAAUCUUGGAAAGUUCCUCAAUCCAAAUGUUUAGUUGGAGGAGAAUUUAAAAUGAAGUCCAGUUCUUUCAGCGACCACAUGACCUCUACAGUAUUCCCACAGACUCAAAAACCUACUCUUGCUACUGAUCACAGCAAGAUGAAUGAAAACCCAGAACAAACUGACAAAACAAAUAUAUCUAGUGGUCCAGAUCUGACUUCAGUCACAUCUACAGAAACUCUACACCUCAAAGCUUUGACAAGAAGCUCCGUCCUUCACAACAAAGACAGUGCAGACCUUAAUGAGUUUGAUCUGAGUGUCUCCUGUUUUUCUUCACCUCCUCCAUCCUCUUCGAUUCCUCUCCUCCUCCCUCCAUCCUCCACAUCUCUUGUCAACUCCUCAAUCGUCAGAACCCACAGCUCAGCCAUCAGUGACCAUUCUAUCCUAGGGGCAGGUUCCCAUCCGAGGACUCCCACCGUCAGAUGUUUAGACAAGCCAAGACAUCACGGUGGCAUUUAUAGCCGAAAGGCCCAACAGUUUCCACCGAGUAAUGUUACAGGAUCACUCACCUUUCAGGGACCAGAGAAGAGUCAGACCUUCGAACACUCCUUUGUAUCUGACUGCCCCAGUAACAGCUGUGGUGUUGCAGUGGCUAAAAAUAAAUUGCACAUCCAUUUCCCAGAUCUAAGUUGUUCAGUGCUGCCAGAGGUUAGAGGAAGAGAAGGAAAACAAAAUAAAGGAGCUUUCAAAGAGCAGAGGAAAGACAAACAGCCACUUCCCUCACAUCUGCCAGCAGAACCACAGCAGUAUGGACACAACAACACAAACACAUACACACCCAAACAAACAUAGACAUGGCAUGCUGUUUCUCUAACACUGAGUAACAGAUAUAUAACUAGUGCUGUAAUGGUUUAUUAUAGCCACAUUUUGCUCAUGUAA